AUGAAUAUAGAAGGUGACGCAAGCCAAUUAGAGAAUAAUAAAAACAGUGAUAUUAAAAAUAAUGUUUUGGAACACAUAUCAAAAAUUAUAAAAAAAAUUUGUUAUAUCAUUGUUUGGAAUGUAAAUGAUAUGAAUGCAAUAAGCAAUAAAUUAAAAUUAAAAGAAACUUUAACUCCAUUUGGAUUUGAAGUCAUUUGUUUCGAUAAUAUAAAUGAUGAUUUAAGAAAUGUAUUUAAAACAAUUGUAAAAGAUCUAAAGUCUGAUAAUACAAAAGCAAUGUUUUUAUUUUAUAUUUAUGGGCCAUACCAAUUAGAAGAUAAUAAAAUUAAACUUUCAUCAUUAGUUGAAAUAUAUCAAGGUUCUAAAAUAACCCGUGAAAUAAAAUUUUUUUUAAAUAGUUUGAUAGGUUUAUUAAAAACAAAAGAAGAUGAAUUCAAAAAUUUACAUUUCAAAAAAGGAGUAAUGCUAUCAUGGGAAAAGAUAUUUAUUUUAGAUUUAUUUUAUAAUAAUAACAAUAACAAUAAUAAUAAUAACCCAUUAGAAAAAUUAUUUCAACUUUAUAAUUCUCCCAAUGAAAUAUUAAACCUACCAACAAUGGAUAAUAUUUCAUUUAUACAUUCACAUUUAUUAUUUGAUUAUUUGAAUAAUAAUAAUAAUUAUAUUAAUAGUAAUAAUAAUAAUAAUAAUAAUAAUAAUAACACAAAUAAUAAUAUUAAUAAUAAUAAUUCAACUACUACUACAACAACAUCUUCAUCAUAUAGAAUUAAUGAUAAUACAACAACUACUACAACUACAAUUGUAACAACUACAACAAUUAAUGGUGAAGCUUCACCAUUUUUAGAAUUACUAUGUGAUACAUUAGAAUCAAAUGAUAAAGAAGUAUUAUCAAAUAAGAUUGUUAAAAUGAAGGGUAUUAUUUUAGAUAAUUACAUUACAAAGUAUUUUGGUAAUUUAAAUAAUUUAGAAACUCUUUUGAAGAAAAAUUACCAAAUGAUUCCAUAUAACUUAAAAAAUCAAUUAUUUGACAAUUUUAAUAUAUUUUUUGGUUCACAAUCAAGUGGAUCAAUAAUCUUUAAUUCAAAUAGCCAAGUUAAUACUAAUAGUAAUAAUAAAAUUGAAACUUAUAAAGAAAAACCUGGAAAUAGAAAAGUGAUAUGUUUAAUUUUCAAUGAAAAUGAAAAUGAAUUAAAAAAUCAAAAUAUAAUAGAAAUUAAAAAAUCAUUUUUAAAAAAAGGCACUGAAUGUUUUACCUUUAGUAAUAUAUAUUCAUUUCAUCGAAAAGUUUAUUCAAUUCUUCCUCUAUAUCCAGAAUUAGAUAUUAUACUUUAUUAUCAUUCAACCAACGAAGAUGACAGAAAUGAAAAAUUUUUUAAUUCAAUAAAUGAAUUUAAAAAUGAUAAUAUAUAUAAAUCAGAACCUUCAAAAAUACUUGUCCCAACCUUUAAUAAUAACAAUAAAUCACCUAUUAACUCAUUUAAUGUUGAAAAAGAAUUUGAUAAUCUAAAAAUCAAAAUUGAAAGUAUUAAUAACAAUAACGAUAACAAUAAUAAUAAUAAUAAUAAUAAUAAUAAUAAUAAUAAUAAUAAUAAUAAUAAUAAUAAUAAUAAUAAUAAUAAUAAUAAUAAUAAUAAUAAUAAUAAGAAUAUUAAAGUUAUAAAAUCAAUGAUCGAAAUAUUAAAAUUUCACCAGAAAAAAACAAAUGUUUAUGAUAUGGAAAAAGAAGCAAAAUGUUUUUUCAAUGAACUUUAUAAAGGAGAAUUUAAUAAUGAUAUAAUAAAAGAAAUUUCAAAGGAUACAGAUUUUGGUAAUAUUUAUUUAGUUUCUCCAAUUUUAAGGUUAAAUAGAGAUCUAGGUUGUGAGUCUAAUGAAUGUUUGACAGUUCUAACUUCAUCAAUAUGUGAUAGAAUUAAUUCAAAUGAUUCACCAGGAAGAACUCUGUCAGAAAUUAGAGAAACUAUUAGAUUUGACAUAUUGGACUCAUAUAUUAAUCAUUUUAUUGGUGAUGUUAUAAAAUAUAUUUUAGAAGAAGAGAAUAUCGACAUAGGUGCCUCUAGUAUUGAUGGAAAUCUUAAGCACUCAAAUAGUUUUGAAAUCCUUUUUGGUGAUCCAAGUAGUAGUGAUUUAAAAAUUGUACCUUUUAAUAAUAAUAAUAAUAAUAGUCAAUAA